CCUGCAUCCUCCCACCCUGCUCUGCUGCAUCAGCACCAGCCUCUCUCCAUCCUUAGAGCAUCUUCCUCCUCCCAGCUUGGCUGAGCAGAGAAGCUCUGUUGUAUCCAUUUACUGCAAUUGCCAGUAACCUCCCCCCUCUCUCCCCCACCCCCCAGCCUUCACCUACUUCUCCAUCGCCACCUCAAAGAAGAGGGGCCCUUGCCAGCUGCCCUGUCUCUCUGCUGUGCCACAGAGGGAGGGUGGGGAAGAAAACCCACUGAGGACCAGCAGUCUCGCAAGGAAGCGCAAUGAAGGAUCGUACCCAGGAGCUGAGAAGUGCCAAAGACAGUGACGAUGAGGAAGAAGUGGUGCAUGUGGACCGAGAUCAUUUUAUGGAUGAAUUCUUUGAACAGGUGGAGGAGAUCCGUGGCUGCAUUGAGAAGCUCUCAGAAGAUGUGGAGCUGGUGAAGAAGCAGCACAGUGCCAUCUUAGCUGCCCCCAACCCAGAUGAAAAGACCAAGCAGGAACUGGAGGACCUCACAGCUGAUAUCAAGAAGACUGCCAACAAGGUGCGCUCCAAGUUGAAAGCAAUUGAGCAAGGAAUUGAGCAAGAAGAGGUUCAGAACCGAUCUUCAGCUGAUCUGCGGAUCCGGAAAACGCAGCACUCAACCCUCUCCCGCAAGUUUGUGGAGGUGAUGACAGAAUACAACACAACCCAGUCCAAAUAUCGAGACCGAUGCAAGGACCGUAUCCAGAGACAGCUGGAGAUAACUGGCAGGACAACAACCAAUGAGGAAUUAGAAGACAUGCUGGAGAGUGGGAAAUUGGCAAUUUUUACUGAUGAUAUCAAAAUGGACUCACAGAUGACAAAGCAGGCCCUGAACGAGAUUGAAACCCGGCACAAUGAGAUCAUCAAACUGGAAACCAGCAUCCGGGAGCUGCAUGACAUGUUUGUGGACAUGGCUAUGCUGGUGGAGAGCCAGGGUGAGAUGAUUGACCGCAUUGAAUACAAUGUUGAACACUCUGUUGACUACGUGGAAAGAGCCGUCUCUGACACCAAGAAAGCUGUAAAAUACCAGAGCAAGGCUCGGAGGAAGAAAAUUAUGAUUAUAAUUUGUUGUGUGGUUCUUGGUAUAGUACUGGCCUCCUCCAUUGGAGGCACGCUUGGGUUGUAAAUUAAAGCAAAAAAUAAUAAUAAUAUAAUAAUAAUAAUUUAAAAAUUGUACAUGCAGUGGAUAUAACAGCACAUGUUCCAGCUA